CUUAUCCUAGGAUGCGGCGCCACUGUACUACCCUCAGCUAACAAUAAACCAGACUCUGGAGCAUCACGCCUCUAUCGCAUCCUCCUCUCCGAGACGGCCUACCUAAUUUGGAAGCUGCGCUGCGAACGACGCAUCGAACACGACGACCAGAAAGCCUUCACCGAAAAUGAGCUCCGCAAACGCUGGAGCUCCAUGCUCCAACGACGCCACGACAUGGAUUGUGCAAUGACUAACGACCGCUUCGGUAGAAAAGCCCUCGACAACACAGCUGCCACCAACACUUGGGAGCGCAUCACACGAGGACGCGCCGACCGAGCCGAUAAAUGGCUCAUGGACAGCGGGGUUUUAGUGGGUAGCAGGCCACCCGACUGUCCUCCUCCCCGCGUGGGAGUAGGCAGUCAGGUCGGAGACCCUUAG